GUCCACGCCUCGUGAGGCGGGUAGUUGCUAGCUAAGAAAUCAACUUCGAGCUCAAGCGCUUUUGAUUUCCAAGGGUUUCGAAAACCAAAACCAAAAAAUUUUAAAAAAGGAUCUGAGCUGCAUUGUAUGAUUUUGGGGAACAUGAUUGAUGAAUUUGAAGACUGAUUAUUUUCUCAUAUAUUAGAUUCAGGAGCUUAGCAUAUUGUUUUCUUCUUCCUAGCUCUGAAAGAACCGUUCCAGACAAUAUAAAAGAUGGCUGAUAACGAGGAUAUCCAGCCUCUCGUCUGUGAUAAUGGAACAGGGAUGGUUAAGGCUGGGUUUGCUGGGGAUGAUGCUCCAAGGGCCGUCUUCCCUAGCAUUGUUGGUCGCCCCCGUCAUACAGGUGUUAUGGUCGGAAUGGGACAGAAAGAUGCUUAUGUUGGGGAUGAAGCUCAGUCCAAGCGUGGUAUUUUGACUCUCAAAUACCCCAUUGAGCAUGGAAUUGUCAGCAACUGGGAUGACAUGGAGAAGAUUUGGCAUCACACCUUCUACAAUGAACUUCGUGUCGCUCCAGAAGAACAUCCAGUUCUUCUCACUGAAGCACCACUCAAUCCCAAAGCUAACCGUGAGAAAAUGACCCAGAUUAUGUUUGAGACCUUCAAUGCACCAGCUAUGUAUGUAGCCAUUCAAGCCGUCCUUUCCCUUUAUGCCAGUGGUCGUACAACUGGUAUUGUGCUUGAUUCUGGAGAUGGUGUCAGUCACACAGUUCCCAUCUAUGAGGGAUAUGCACUUCCACAUGCUAUCCUACGUCUUGAUCUUGCUGGUCGUGACCUCACGGACGCCCUCAUGAAAAUUUUGACUGAGCGUGGUUAUUCCUUCACCACCACAGCCGAGCGUGAAAUUGUGAGAGAUAUGAAGGAAAAAUUGGCCUACAUUGCCCUCGACUAUGAGCAAGAAUUAGAAACCUCUAAGACUAGCUCUUCUGUUGAGAAGAGUUAUGAGUUGCCUGAUGGUCAGGUGAUUACCAUCGGCGCUGAGCGCUUCCGAUGUCCAGAAGUCCUCUUCCAGCCAUCCAUGAUCGGUAUGGAAGCUGCUGGUAUUCACGAAACCACAUACAAUUCCAUCAUGAAAUGUGAUGUUGACAUCAGGAAAGAUUUGUAUGGAAACAUUGUGCUCAGUGGUGGUUCAACCAUGUUCCCUGGCAUUGCCGAUAGAAUGAGCAAGGAGAUCACGGCGUUGGCGCCGAGCAGCAUGAAGAUUAAGGUGGUUGCACCACCCGAAAGGAAAUACAGUGUGUGGAUCGGAGGUUCCAUCUUGGCAUCCUUAAGCACUUUCCAACAGAUGUGGAUUGCCAAGGCAGAGUAUGAUGAAUCUGGUCCUUCAAUUGUUCACAGGAAAUGCUUCUAAUCACGAGCAAACACGUUUCGGGUUCAAUACUACUGUUUUACCUGAGAAAGAAAAUUGCUGCUUGAAUUUCCCUCUUUUGUUCAACUCUGUUUUUCCAUUUUUUCCCCUCUUCUUUUUGUACCUUCUCUCUCUCUUAUCAUAAUGUAUCGUGUCAACCUUUAGACUUUUUGUCGAUCAUUCAGUUAUCCCUUGUGAGCCUUUGGAGCCAAGUCAAUUGUGUUUAUUUUUAAUUCCUUAUUCUUCUCAAUAUUGUGAUCAGUGAGGAAAUUUUGAAUAAUUAUCCUUUUCUAUCUA